AUGGGCCGGGUUCGAAUAGGUCGAAUAAGCCAUGCUUCCUGCUCCCCGUCGUCCAUAACGCCAUGCUGUAGAGUUUCCUCUACUCCGACUCGACACAGUCCGACCCUCAACAUUCCAUCCCGCCAACACCGACAUCACCGACCGCACCAUCCGCUACCGCUCGUCCUCCUCCUGUUCCCGCUGCUUCUCUCUAUCGCCAGUUCACCGUCCUACUGUUCCGCUGCGAAGCCCGCUCCCUCCACCGCGAAACCUCCCCGCGCAGCGCUCUCCGCCCAUUCCGCGCUCUCCUCCCAUUCCGUGGAUUCCGCUCCGGACCCCUUUGGUAAUGCCGAGGUGCUCGGCUUUCCCAAGCCUCCCAACCUCAUUUCCGACGGCACACCCGCCGCCACCGUACGUCAGCGUCCGGCUGACGAUAACGAUGACGGAAUCCGUCAAGAGCUCCUUUCCGUCAACCCGCCUAAAGCACCCGUUUCUGUAAUGACCGUCAGUAUCCUAACGGUGCUAAUGGCGGCAGCGACAGGCCUCGGGUCGCUGCCGUUUUUCUUCAUGGAGAUGGAGGAGGAGUGGGCUGGCGUGUGUAACGGCGUGGCUUGCGGCGUGAUGAUGGCCGCUAGUUUCGACUUAGUCUCCGAGGGAAGGCUGCACGACAGCGGAUCAGGCGGCGCAUGCGUGGUGGUAGGGAUAAUCCUAGGCGGGCUGUUUAUCGUUCUAAGUCAGAGGGUAUUGGAGCAGUUCGGCGACGUUAAAAUGAUGGAUUUAAAAGGCGCAUCGGCCAACCGCGUGGUUCUCAUCCUCGUUAUCAUGACCCUCCACUCCUUCGGCGAAGGCUCGGGGGUCGGCGUCUCCUUCGCCGGCCCUCGCGGGCUGUCGCAGGGGCUGCUGGUAACCAUCGCCAUCGCCGUGCACAACGUUCCCGAAGGCCUCGCGAUGACUCUCGUCAUGGUCGCGCGCGGCGUGCGACCGCGCAACGCCAUGCUCUGGAGCGUCUUCACGAGCCUCCCGCAACCGCUCGUCGCCGUCCCCGCGUUUCUCGGCGCCAACACCUUCACGCAGUUCCUCCCUCUCUGCAUGGGCUUCGCCGCGGGGUGCAUGAUUUGGAUUGUCUUUGGCGAGGUUCUUCCGGAGUGCAUAAAAGAGGGCGCGAACUCCUCCCACGUCGCCUCCGCCGCGACGCUCUCUGUCGCGUUCAUGGAGGCGCUAGGAGCUUUCCUCGAAGGCGCGGACGCGCCUGAGAGCUGGCACCGCUUAGUACCGAUUGCCUGGGCGCUGCUUUUCUUCCUGGGGCCGCUCAUAGGUUCCGUACUCCCACUACUCCUCUCCCACUCCCUCCCUGCCCCUGUGUCGCCGCCUCUGCUAUCCGGGCUGGCGGGAGGGGCGCUGCUCGGUUUGGCGCUGUGGCAGCCGGUGCAGCUGCUGGUAACCGGGCAAAUGGAGGUGCUGCCGCUGCUGUCGGUGUUCUACGUUGGCUGUGUGCUGCAUUACUUCUGUGCCAGUAUGGGGCGGGGUUUGGCGGGUGGGUGUGUGGGCAACGCGCAGCAGAAAUUGCAGAGCGGUUUUAGUGACGUUCAGUAUACUCACGGGGUGGAUCAGUGGGGUGGGGUCGGAGAUGAGAAGGAGGUGCUCCGAGCGUGCAAGCCGAGCCUGCAGCUGAGCUACGGGAUCCGAGCCUCGGUGCUGGUCUGUGUUGCUGUGUCAGGCCAUGCGUUCGCGGAGGGGCUUCUGCUGGGGCAAAAAGCAGCGCCAGGGGGGGACCUAGGAGGAGAUUUAGGAGCAAGAGGAACAGGAGGAGGGGGAGUAGUAGAGAUUGGGAUGCGCAUUCUGCUUCCAGCAGCCAUUCACGGCGUGCCACGUGGCAUUGCUGCAGCAGCCGCUGCACUAGGUUCUUUCUCCAUCACUCGUUCCACUCCGGAGCUUCCCCUAGCAGCUGUUCCCCUGGCACUUGCAUCUGCGGCUGUAGCGGGCCUGGCUGGGCCUAUCGGGUUAGAUCAGCUGCUGCCUGGAGGGUUGUGGGUGGCUGGUGGGAGAGGAGUUGUGGGUGGGAAAGGAGGAGAAUGGGGAUGGAGUGUUUUGGAUAGGAGACGAGUCGCUGUGGGGGUGGUGCUGGGUGUGGUACUUGUGGUCGUGAGCUUCAUGGGGAAGAUAACGAUAUGUGCGCAUUCGAGUUACUGUAAUGCGGCUCCUGUGGCGCUGACAUGA